CGCGGCCAUGGCGCGGCGGGGGAAGGUGGCGGCGCUGCUGGGCCCGGCCUCCUCGGAGGACGAGGCCCCGGAGGAGGUGGCCUUCGGCGCGGCACGGGAGGCGGCCCAGACCGAGCGGAAGCGCGUGGGGGAGGCGGCCCGGAGGCACCGGGAGCUGCUGAAGGAGAAGCGGCGGCGGCGGCAGGAGCUGUUCGCGGAGCAGAAGAAGCGCAAGCUGCUGCCCGAGGCCGUGCUGCAGGAGCUGGCCGCCGCCGCGCCGCCCGCAGGGCCUGAUGAGCAGGCUGCGGCAGCUGAGCGAGGUAAACAGAGUGGAGGUGGGGCUGUGAAGCAGAGACAAGGCCAAGUCCAAAGGCGGGUGAAGAAAGAGAAACAAGGAAAGGGUGCCAGGUCAAAAGGAAACUAUACAGCUGUGCGCUUAAAAGAUCAGAGUUUUACAGGUCUCCACCAACAGCUCGCCUUGGACUUCGUAAAGGCGCAGCUCUACGGCCCACAUGCCAACCGGGCACAGGCAAAUGAGUUUUUUUCCCUUGAAAACAAGAAAAAACCAGUUAAGAGCGCAGCAGUUCAGUUUGUGGACAAAUCUUGGGGGCAAGAAAAAAAGGAAAGAGCAGCAAGGUUUAAAAAGCGUUGGCUCGCAGCACACAUGAAAAACUGAGUAUGAGGACAGCUUCUUCAGAAGGUGCUAUUGACUGUUACUGAACACGGCAAAGGUGUUUCCCCCACUUCUCCAUCACCGCUCGGCUUCCAGCUCAAGCCCCCGGAAGGCACCAGGCUGCAUCCCAGCAGACUUCCCUGUUCCCUCCCCAGUCGCGGAGUGGCUGGGGAAGCAACUCUGUAUCCUUAAUACUCAUUGACAACAGCUGGUGUUUCCCCCAGGCAUGUAGAGCUGCCUCCGUGAGGGAGCUCCCUUGCAGAGAAUAAAGAUGAACGACGUUGUA